AUGACGUUGCGUAAAAGUUUACGAUAUCCAUGCCGAAUCGUGAUUUUCCUGAGCUUCAUCGUCAUAUUCAUCGAUUGGGGUCUUCUGCUCAGAUUCAGCGAUGAGCAAAACCCUUGCACGGAUGAAACAAACUUAACCCUCUUCGGCGCUGGGUGUCUUUUUGGAUACGUUCCGAUUCUCACCUCCGUGGCGAUUUUGAAACAACACAUGGCCAGAAAAGGCCUUCUACUCGCCUCGGCUGUUUCGUCCGUGAUUUUGUCAAUUUACGAUUUUUCCCAGUCGAGUCAGUUGAAAUGCAACGUGGCGCUUGGAGUGCUGCUGAUUUUGCAGGGAGCGGCGGCGGGAGUGAUCGUCAUCUUAUCUGGAUACAUGUGGUUCUUCCUCGGCCGGCCGGGCGAACGUUUAUCCCCGGAGGAAGAGAACUCGCCAGAGGUCACCGGCCAAAAUGACCUCCCGCCUGAUUAUGAUCGCGCUGUUAGAGCCGAGAGUCACAUAAUAUAUCGAGUCCAAACAAAAUGGGAAAGUUUGGUGUUUCGCUUAAAACAGCGCAUUUGUUACGAAACGCUCCGCACGCCACUCGUCGUUUCAGGUGCAAAUCUGGACAGAAUCAUGGUCGGUAUUUCCACAACAACGAUUUGCAUCGUCGUCAUGCAAAUAGGACAAGCUGCUUUCAACAAUAAACCGCUUUCGCCAAAUACUCAUCGUGGAAAUACUCUUCUGGUUUCAGCUGAGGCAUUGACUUCCCUUCAAUCACUAAUGUCCAUCGCCGGCGCUGCUUUGGCGAUGGUGGCGUUCUAUGUGAUGGCCAACAACUUGUACCUCAAGCUGGAGCGCCACUCGGCCGACACUCAAAACUCUUCAGCGCAAAAUUCGAAUACGCGGCGCCGGACGUCGUCAGAUGCACUCUCGCCGGAAGAUGUCGAAACGCAGGAAACAAUUGUUGGAAUAGACAACGAGGCGUUUACACAAGAAGAGCACGAUUCCAAGCUGCCCUCUUACGACAUGGCUCGUGGAAUGGGGCGCAGGAGGCAGAGCCUUCCGGAUCUUUCAAAGCGCUCAAAAUAUCUUCAACUUCCCGGCACUUCCCAAACACGCCCUUCUAUCCGAAGGAGCAAUUCCUUUAAUCUGGAAGAGCGUGGCAUCGACGAACCACCACCUUAUCGAACUUGA